AUGGGCUGCUGCUCCGCCAGAUGCAUGCUGGUCCUCCUGUGCUGUCUGCAGCUGAUGACAGCUGUGGAGAGGCAGGUGUUCGACUUCCUCGGUUACCAGUGGGCACCCAUCAUGAUCAACUUCUUCCACAUCAUCGUGGUCAUCCUGGGCCUGUUCGGCACCGUCCAGUACAGACCACGAUACGUCAUCGUGUACCUGCUCUGGACGCUGUUGUGGAUCGGCUGGAAUGUCUUUGUGAGCUGCCUCUACUUGGAUCUGGGAGGACUUUCAAAGGACAGCGAGGUCCUGACCCUCGGCGUGUCGUCACAUCGCUCCUGGUGGAAGGACCACGGGCCGGGCUGCGAGCGCGAGGGCCUUCCCUCCGCCGGAUGGGACCACCAGCAGAACCCUGAGCUGACCACGGUGCUGAGCUGCUGGCUGGAGUACCAGUACAUAGAAAUCCUGCACUGCAUCGUCCAGCUGCUCACAUCACUCUUGGGAUUUGUUUACGGCUGCUAUGUCGUCAGCACUUUUUCAGAAGAGGAAGACAGUUUUAAUUUCAAUGCUGAUUUUCAUCAUCCAUCCAAACCCCCUCACUUGUUCUUCUAG